AUCGUAAGAUUUAUUUUUGAAGAUACAUAUUAGUCAGCUAAUCCGUGUACAUCGCCAUUUCAAGUGUAUGAGCAGCGCAGGCAACAUGGGGACGAUUUUACUAUCCGUUACUCUGUUCGUGUUCACAUUUCAAGUGUUUUUUGAUAUGGAUGCGGCAAGUAAAUAUGUCAAGUGUACGCCAGCAAAAGAUCAUCUUCCUUCAGUAUGUGAUUGCACGAAACUGGGCGUUGGAGAUUGCAUGAUCAAGUUAAAUAUAACUAGAAACCCAUUAGCACCUGAUACUGAAGAGGAUUCCAACAAUGUAUACUUUAUCAACAAUGAGAAAAUGGGUCCGACAUUGAUUGCAAAGAUAAAUACUUACAUGGUCGUUGAUGUGUUCAACUCCCUGAAAAAUGAGACUACAUCGAUUCACUGGCAUGGCAUGCACCAAUAUAACACUGCUUACAUGGACGGUGUUGCAAACAUAAGUCAAGAACCCAUCAGGCCAUCAGAAGCGUUAAGGUAUGUGUUCAAGGCCUGGCCUGCUGGGACACAUUGGUAUCACUCACACGUGAAAAGUCAACGAGAUAAAGGAAUUUAUGGUGUCUUAAUAGUAUUGCCAGAUGUUCAAGACUAUCCAGACAUUAUAGACGAACCAAAUAAAAAUGUUAUUGCCAUAAGAGAGCACGAAUUUGAAAAGGAAAAUUGGACAGAGUGCGAACCAGAUCAUUCUAAGCCUCCUGUGUUAUUUGGAGAAAUUACUUCUAUUCGAAUAAAUGAGUACGAAUUGGGUACCGAGUUAAAUAGCAACCAAUUUGCGCCCUUAUUUUAUGUUACAUAUAAAAGAAGAUAUCGGUUCCGCGUGAUUGGUGUUAUGUUUGCGAACGCUUUUCGUUUGUCCAUAGACGGGCACAAAUUAAAUGUUAUUGCCGCAGACGGGUAUUCGACACUUAAAAAAACUGUCGAUUACUUGGUUGUUCACGUCGGGGAAAGAUACGACAUCGAGGUGAUUCCUCCUGAAGAGAAGACCAUAGAUGAUAGUACAUGUUGCGAAGUAUAUCCGAUCCGAAUCGAAUCGAUUGGGUUGAAUUGCAAUACUAGCGUCCAUCACACUGGGUUUGCCUAUCUCCAGUAUUGGCAAAGCGAAUAUCCAUGCAAAGAAAAAAAAUUGAUCGAUGUGUACGGCCAAAAAAAACGGUGUGAUGAUAUUUCUUGCACGGCCAUCAAUUGUCCGUUCAAAAAUUACCCCUCUCAAGAUAUUCUAUGUCUACCUGUAACUACUUUGCAACUUUUACACCACACACCUAAGGACGAAAUGCCCACCAAAAAUGAAAAAUUGAUUGAUGAGUAUUUCUUCAACUUCGGAUUCCGAAAAGGUUGGGAGGUGGAUAACCCAGACACUGUUGACGUGGAAGGACCAAAAACUUAUGCGGUGGUAAAUGGUGUUAGCUUUCUUCUUCCUUCUAUUCCUUUCACUAACCCGGAUAUCAAUCUACGGCCUCUGGAUGAAUGUAAAUACGACACUAUAGACAAUAGUUCGAAAAAAGAAAAGGAUAAAGUGUGUGAUAUCUGCUCACAUGCUGUAUAUAUUCACCAUUCAAAUGGAGAGCAGAGAACAACCCGAUUCAUAUUUUCUUCAUUGACUCCUUUUUCUCACAAAUCUAUUAACGCAAGCAGAACACAUCCAAUUCAUCUUCAUGGUCAUUCUUUCUUUGUUACAAAAAUAGGAUAUGCUAAGUACGACCAAAACGGCUUUGUCUAUAAGCAAAAUGGGGAUGUCACAGUCGAGCUUUGCGGUCCAGGACAUUGGACUGAUGAUAAAAGACCUUCAGAUCUCUACAUCGACCAAAGUACAGUGCGAAAAGAUGUGAUAACAGUGCCAGCCGGAGGAUACGUCGUGAUCGAGUUUUUGCCUAACCACCCAGGCUGGUGGUUUAUGCAUUGCCAUAUAGAUCAUCAUUUGACGAUGGGCAUGGGAAUAGCUGUUGGUGAACUUCCUGAAUGCCAAGUUCCCUUUGCCAGUUCUCUUCCUACCGAUGAAUCUUUCGACUAUGAAUUGAGUACAUCAGUUUUAAAAGCUUACGAGAACUACGAUAAAUGCAAUUUACAGCCGAGCAAAUGUGAGACAUGUGAAAAUGACAAAGAAAAGGACGGAUCCUUGUCCUUUGAUGAAACCCAUUCUUCAGUGAAGAAAGGAUUUCCAAGAAGUGAGGAGGGUAUGUCCAAAUCAGUACACCAACAAGAUGAAAAACAUUUGCAUAAUUUGCGACGACAAAUGUUUAACUUAAUGAAGAAUGAUCGCGUCAACUAUGGUCAUGUUGCAUCACAUUACAGGUGGCUUUACCAUUACUAUAAUUCGCCACAGGCUGACAAAUUGAAUCACGUUAACCAAAAAAUGUCCGAACCGUCCAAAGAAUGGUCAAAAAAACCUUGAAGUUGAUUUUGUAGUUGACUCUUAAAGACAUUCUAGCUUUUAACGUUUUUUUAUUCUUUUUGAGUUUUACCAACAAAGUUUGUUCAUGAAACUAUUUUACAUUGUUACGUUACAUUGUUAUUAAAAAAUGACAAAUGCAUCGCAAUUGUAAUCAUUUUUACUAAAAUAAAUUGUUGCAUUAUAUUCAUCAUUAACCUAAUGCAAAUUCUUAUUUUUCAAUUAUUCUCCAUCGUUCUACAUUUUUUGCAUUUUCUUUCAUAGAAACUACUGCUCAAAUGUGAUCAGGUUUCGACAUAUGAUAAUAAAUAGAAUCAAUGUUC